AUGGAUGAAGAUGUUCCUACUGUGGAACAACUUCUAGAGAAGUGUAUGCCAUCGCAAACUAUGACCGAAGAAGGAACUCCAGCUAACACAAAAAUUCAUGCAAUUGAAGAGCUUCCAGCAGCACCAUUAGGAGCAAAACAAGAAUCAAAGGUCUUGAGAAAGGCGACAAAACUAAAACCUAGGGUUUCGACCACAAAAAAACCAACAGAUCGGCAUGUGAAGGUGGAGGGACGUGGGCGAAGCAUUCGGCUACCAAAUGGAUGUGCAAAUGAACUCUUUGAGCUCACACGACGACUCAACUACAAGUGGGCUGGCCAAACCAUCUGUUGGCUUUUGGAGAAUGUCGAACCAGCAAUCAUCAAAGCCACCAGUACAAGGGAGAAGAAGAACUAG